CUUGCUAGUUAGCAGACCUCACUUGAAUAACACAAACUUAUUACCCAAAUAAUAAAAAAUAAAAAAAAGAGGACCAAAUAUGUUGUUCCCACAUCUUCCUCUUACCCUAUUCUUCUGUUUCUGCCUGUUUUUCUCGUUUUCAUAUGCUCAUUACAAGCCCCCUUGUGAUUGUUCCUCUGCUCAUAACAAUAGCCAUGAAAACAUUCCCACUAACCCUGGUAAUUCAUUCCCUGCUCAUAACAACAGCCACGAAAAUAUUCCAACCAAGCCUGGAAAUUCUUUCCCUGCUCAAAACAACAGCCAUGAAAAUAUUCCAACCAAGCCUGGAAAUUCUUUCCCUGCUCAAAACAACAGCCAUGAAAAUAUUCCAACCAAGCCUGGAAAUUCUUUCCCUGCUCAAAACAACAGCCAUGAAAAUAUUCCAACCAAGCCUGGAAAUUCUUUCCCUGCUCAAAACAACAGCCAUGAAAAUAUUCCAACCAAGCCUGGAAAUUCUUUCCCUGCUCAAAACAACAGCCAUGAAAAUAUUCCAACCAAGCCUGGAAAUUCUUUCCCUGCUCAAAACAACAGCCAUGAAAAUAUUCCAACCAAGCCUGGAAAUUCUUUCCCUGCUCAAAACAACAGCCAUGAAAUUCCCAGUAACUCUUCCCCUGCUCUAAAUAACAGCCAUGAAAUUCCAACCAAGCCUGGUAAUUCAUUCCCACCUCAUAAUAACAGCCAUGAAUUUCCCACCAAGCCUGGUAACUCUUCCCCUGCUCAAGAUACUUCCAUUAAGCAUAAUAACUAUAUAGGAUGCUUCCACAAGGUCUAUGCUUUUGGAGAUUCCUACACUGAUACCGGAAAUGCUAAAUUAGUGGGUGAUCUCAAGGUAAAUUUCACUCAAAGCACGAGCAUUUCAGCAAAAUCGAAGAAUGGUUUAUGCGAUGGGCAGUUGGUGGUAGAUUUUCUAUGUGAUGCUCUUAAUCUACCACAUUUGCCACCCUUCCAAAGUACCUCUAUAAAUUUCACAUCUGGGGUCAAUUUUGCAAUAGCUGGAUCAACAAUUCUUCCCAAAGAGAAAUUCUCGAUGCAAAAUAUUACUAACCUUUUUUGGAAAGGAAUACCCUUGAACUUUCAAACUCAGAUCGAUUGGUUCAAUAAGUUGAAACAGCAGAUGGGAUGUACAGAUAAAACUGGAAAAAGUUGCAAGGCUGAAUUGGAGAAUGCACUCUUCUGGAUAGGCUCUGUUGGCGUUAGUGACUACGCUCGUAUACAAGGGUCCUCUUUACCUACACGUUGGCUCACACAGCAGUCUGUCGAUCAAGUUAGCAGACUAAUCGAGGCAUUGCUGGGAAGCGGAGCAAAGUACAUCGUAGUUCAAGGAUUACCACCAAUAGGAUGCCUCCCACUACAUAUCUCAUUAUGUCCACUGAAAGCUGCUCUUGAUCAUAUGGGAUGUGCAGCAGCUGUCAACACAGCAGUAAUGGUCCACAACCAGAUCCUGCAAAGGAGAUUGGAAAGAUUCCGUAGAUUAUAUCCUAAUUGUCAUAUCUUAUAUGCUGAUUACUGGAAUGCAUAUCUAACAAUUCUGAUGAACUUAAAGAAGUACCAAUUUGAGGAAGCUUUCAAACCUUGCUGUGGAGCUACAGGAGGACCACUCAACUUCAACUUGCAUUCGUUGUGUGGCUCACCUGGUACUGUCAGCUGCAACAAUCCUAGCAAAUUUAUCAGCUGGGAUGGUAUCCAUCUUACAGAAGCAAUGAAUCAGAAAGUCACUGAUCUUUUCCUCAAUCAAGGCUUCUGUCAACCAUCUUUUAGCGAGCUGGUCAAAAGUAGGAGCGGGAUGUAGAUGGACUCAAUGUAAGCUAGCAAAUAAUACCGCUCCGGACCAAUCCAGAGAGCGAGAUAAUAAUAGGAAUUAUUCUCAGAGAUGUUUCUUCCAUUGCAAGAACGAGAAACUAUACAAUAGGCAGAUUACCUCUUUUAUCAUUAGCAGAUAGACAGCAUUUGUGGAGUACAAUAAAUGUUUCCAACCAAGCUGACAUUGUAAAUGCACAUGUAAUGUCAUGUACCAGUUGAUAUAUGUGGUAAUUUAAUGAAGGAUUAGAAAUAUACUCUUCCUUUGCUGAGCA